GUUGGCACGAUACAGUCUGCGAAGCACUUGCUAAAUAGAAGAUUUACGCAAGACUUAAUUUGGUGAUCAACAUUAUUGGUGGUUGGUUUGUCCGACUCACCAAGAACAUCCCAGUGCAUGAUUGUUAAUAAAGAGAGUGCAGGUUCGUGUGUGUGUAGUGGGCGUGGAGAGUGAGAUGUCUCCUUCCAUGUAGCCGUUGAGCUGAGCGCGUCCGUCAUAUGAGCCCAGUUGGAGAAAAGCGCACCGGAGCCGAACAUCCAAUGGGGCAAUCUCAGCGACUUUUCACACUGACUGGAUCCUGCGUGCAGCCACAGCAUCUGGACUGAGUGAUUAACGAUACACAGUCGGUAGCGAAGAGUUUCCUGGAUAGUUUCUUUUAACCAAGAAGUUAACUCAAAAGAAGCGCAGCGAUGACAGCUGAGUUUAUUUCACCUAGAAGAGACUGAGACCCGCAUCUUGCUGCGUCGCAUCCAAACCGAUUGUCCCUUCUGUUAGGAUAACAAGGACCUACAGGAUGAAUUCCGCUUUCAUACUAGUGUUACUUGGAGUGGUUGGGGCUGUGGCCAAUAAGGAGGAUUGUUUGUCGGGUCAGUAUACAACCGGUGGAGAAUGCUGUGCACAGUGCCAGCCCGGCGAGGGCGUCUUCAAACCAUGUGGAGUCACACAGACUGUCUGCUUCCCCUGCCUUGACAGUGAAACUUUCUCAGAAAACUUCAGUCACACAGAGAAAUGUCAAACCUGCACAAUAUGCACAGGCCUACUUCGCAUGAAGGCGCCUUGCACAGAUUCCAACGACGCCACCUGUGUUUGCAACUAUGGCUACUAUAUGAACUCUCUCUCUCAGCGGUGUGAACACUGCACCAAAUGUCCUGAAGGCGAGGGUAUGCUGCUCAGCUGUGAGCCUGACCAUGACACGGUGUGUGAGCAGUGCACCGGGGACACCUACUCGGACCAGGAGAGUUCUCGGGAGCCCUGCAUCCCCUGCGCUACCUGUGAUGAUUUGGAAGAGUUACAGCUCUGCACCUCCUUCACUGAUACAGUUUGUCAAGCUACUACAGUUUACGAUGAUACGUCUACCACGCCCUUUUGGGGAAACUUCACGCCCACCUAUGACGACUUCCCACUAGACACCCCCCCACCAGAGGGGCCUAGAGACACCACCACCACCACCACCACUACAGGUGAUUCCAAGGAGCCGAUCUACCAUCUGAACGACAAACUCAUCCCCAUCUACUGCUCCAUCCUGGCAGCUGUUGUAGUCGGCCUCGUGGCCUUCAUCAUCUUCAAGAGGUGGAACAGCUGCAAGCAGAACAAGCAAGGAGCCAAUAACUGCACAGCCAACCAGAACCAGACGCCGUCACCUGAAGGAGAGAAGCUGCACAGUGACAGUGGCAUUUCUGUGGACACCCAAAGUCUGCAGGAGCAGCAGGGCCAGACUCAGGCACAGACUGUUGUCACCAUGGAUGAAGAGCCUUGUUUGCUCCUUCCUCUCCAAACCAGAGAGAAAGUGGAGAAGCUUCUGUUCAGUGGCAACGAAGGAGACUGCAAACACAUGGAGGACAGCGACUGGUGCAACCUGGCGGGCCUCCUAGGAUACAAGGAGGAGCGGAUCGCCACCUUCCAGCAGGAAGAGCAUCCUGUCCGCGCGCUCCUGUCUGACUGGGCGAGCAAGGACUGCGCCAGCAUCGACUCUCUGUGCACUGCGCUGCGCAAGAUCAACCGUGACGACAUCGCCCAGAGUCUGGUGCUAAGCCCGAGUGCUACGAAGCCCAACGCCACUUCUGUAGUGUGAUUGAGGCUCAUCCGUGAGCAAACCACCUUAACCUUAAUAUUCUUCCAUGGCCUCCCGCACUCCACAUAAUUCAUGCCAGAACCGCUUUCAGCAUGAAGCCAGCAGUCAAAUACCAUAAGUCCUGAAGAAUCAUUUAGUGUUUAAUCAAGGGAGAAGAAAGGGAGAGGCCAGAAAUUAGACAAAAACUGAAUAUCGACGACCUAAUCAAGCCAAAAACCCUUCAUGUAACCAUCAGGCUGUGCUUGUAAUCAUUCAUGCUCACAUUUUAAAACCCACACAAUUCAAAGCCUAUGUGGAAGGAAACUGUCUAUAAUCACUUCGCUUUUGAGCCUGUAAAUCCACCUGCCUUUCCACAUUAUUUGACAUCCAGUUUACCGUUCUCCGACUUUAUUAAUCAUAGAGGAGCAGCGGGCUUUGAAUUCAAUUUAUUGUGGAUAUCUGGCUCUUUCAUUCCCAAAACUUGAUCCUCUGCAUCUUUAUUCUUAAACAUUCAUAGUCAAUUUGUCCCAUACUUAUAGCAUUCAUAAGCCAGUGUUGUAUCUUUAAAUUUUACAAACUUUACAAAUCUAUGCUACCAAAGAGGAGUAAACGUCUCAAGAGCAUACCUGAAAAGCGACAUUAUUUACAUGCCAUGUUAGACUAUUUGAAUUUAAGUUGUCAAAUGACUUGUGUCUGCCACUGCUGUCCAAUGAUGCCUAAAUACCACAGAGUAUCUGGAUCUUUGCAGACAUGACAACCUGAGGAAGGAUGCUUGGACGCUUUUCAAACGAACCCGUUCUCUUUUUAGCAGCAAACAAAAGUCCAUUUACUCUUAUUUUAAAUGUGUAUUACAUUCAAGACAUUGGGCUGCAGCACAUGGAAUCUCAACUGUGCUAUAAGAACUUGACUUCGCCAACGAGUUGGUCUGUGGGGCAGGUCAUUGACCGAGGCAACACGAGACACUGUUCUAUGUGCUCAGGCCUAUCUGCAUAACACAGGGGCUCCCACACAGACUCACUCAUCCUGACCCAGAAAACGGGACAGACAUGAAAUUCAACUAUGUACAGUAUGUAAAUAGGCAGACGAGUGAACACACCAUACACAUACAUACAUACACACACACCUACAGUAUGUAACAAUGCAUGUACUAUUCAAACAAACACACACAGAGAUCAUGUAAACAUUUACAUAAGUAUUCAUUGUAGAAGACAGAAACACAGAAAACUUCAGAUCCUGCCAUAUUCUGAAUAGAACACUAUCAUGAGGGGACCAUAUAUUGUUUAAUGUCAUUAUUAAUAGCCUCUGUGUCUUUAAAAAGAAUGUCUAAAAUCCAUAUAAUUUGCAAUGUGUGCUCUAGAUGGUGAAAUGCUACCUUAACAGUAAACAGCAUGCAUAGCAACUCAUUGUCAGCCAGUGCACAGAUACCAAGAAAAACACAUACAGAAUAAUCAGGAUGCAAAACAAAAAUCCAGGGUUUUCUAUAAUGUUUUGCUUAUUUUCUCAGGGUAUCUUGAAUGAUUGUGUUACUGCAUCAAUAUUACACUUCUUAUUGCACCCUCUAUAGACACUGUGUUUAUCCAAAGCAGUGGCUCUUGCAACUGGCAAUCCUUUAAACAGGUGAAUAAGAAGGGGAAACGGGCCAGAGAAUAAAGAAAAGGGGUGUCUUGUUUCCUCAUUGUUUGCAACAAUGACCUCUGGAUAAAAGGCAAGUCAGUGGAGACAUAAGUCAAAGGAUGUGGGAUGAUCGGAGCGAGGGAAAGCGGAAAAGUUUUGGAUUACUUAAAUGUAAAGGUGGAACCCAGGAUUCUGCGUUUGCAUUAAUCAGCUUGUUUAAGCAUGCAUUGUGUUGUGCUGCACCCAUUUGGUUUGAAUUUGUCAAAUUCACACCAUAUUAUUAUGCUGCCAACUGAGGACCACUAGCCCCUUUUUGUUUGCUUUCUUUUUUGGGGAACAUUUUUGAAGGAGCAAAUAGUUUACUUUGCUAAACUUAAAUCACCAACUUCAUCUGUUACUUUGAGGUACAGAUUGUACAUUGUUACUAACCACUAGCAUAAAAAGCAUCAUGCUGCAGUGUUACUUUAAAUGAAGGUAUUCUCACUCCACUGUCUAAGGAUUGUUGUAUUUUUAUUCCUCAAUAACAACUGCAAAUGGUAUUAUGUUUAUCCUAUUGUCCUAUAGAUUCUAGUACUCGAAUGUGUAAUUUUGUCUGUUUUGCAUCCCAAGUGCCUGGGGACUAUUUCAGGUGUCCGCUGAUGUUGUACAUUUGUUGUUUUUAGCUGUUUUUGUAAGUAUAUUUUCUUUAGUUGUCGUUUUUUAACUUGUAAGUAAUUUGACUUUUUCUAGUUUUUAUUUUAGUUAAAGCCUAGACGGCUCUACUGUACAAUAUCUUUGUGAACGGGACGUUUUUACAAUAUCAAUGCUGUUCUAGUUUAAAAGGGUACGAAGGUCAAAGGGAUAGGUGCCUUUGUGAGGUAGGAAACUUUUAACAAAGUAUUCACCACCAGGUGUAGCCUAUUAAUAUAAAGACUGAACAUGAAUAGGGAACACAAAUUUACAUUCCUUUAAGGCUAAUCAGAUCUGGAAAGGCUGUAAUUGUCCAUUUGGAAAAACACCAGCUGCCACCAAACUCAACUAUACAACAUUAUAGUACACUGCGGUGUGAGGGCCCUGUACAGUGAGUCAAUCAUUUUGCAGUUUGACAUUUUUGGAAAUAUGCUUAUUAGCUUGUUUUGCAGAGUUAGCAGACACACUCUAAUAUGUGUAUGUUCAAUAUAAUGACUACAGCCAGCAGCCACUUAGCUUAGCAUAAAGACUGGAAACAGGAGAAACGAGCUGUUUCCAGUCUUUAUGUUAAGCUACGCUAACUGUCUGCCGGCUGUAGCCGUAUAUUUAUUAAACAGACAGACUAUUUGAAGAGUUACACAAUACUAAAUAUGAGGGUUGAGGAAACUUUGCAGAUGUUUUCAAUAUUAGCCUACCACAUAUUACCUUCACUAAAAAAGCCCUUCUUUCAUUGUACUAGAACUUCGUCAACACUAUCUUCAGGGUUGUGAAUUGUGACUGAAAAUGGAAGUGUUUUCCUUGGACAGUAUUUGUUUAGUUUGAUAGAUAUGAGAGGUUUAAUUGAGUUAACAGUGAUAUGGAAUUGCCUGUACAGUAAACCCAACUGAAGGUGAACAUGUCAUGAUAUUGCACUUGAGAGUAACAAAGUAGUACUGCAGAUAGGGGGUUGAGGGUGGAUCCCCCAUCCACCCUCAAACCCCUAUCUGCAAGGUUUUUUAAAAGGCCCUGGUAAUGUAGUUCAUGGUAAGACUGACAGUGCACCAGGAUUUAAUUGUACAGAUCUGAGAAAUACUGAAUAUUCCUUGUAUACUAAUACUGUACUAUACUUAAUGUGAAUUUGCAAAAUUCCUACAUCAGACAAGCAGUAACCAAUAAUAAAGCUCUUAAAACCACUUAAACCCUGUGUUGAUCCAGUAAUGCACACACAAACAAAUAAGAUUGCAUGCACUUGCAUCUUCACGAACAUGUGCUCAGUCUUAACACAACAUGUCUUGCUAAAUUAUUAAAACUCAACUGAAAUGUUAUUUUCAUGCUUAGUUUGAAUUGUAUUCAAGUUCAAAUACAAGUGUUAGAAUAAAAUGUCAUUAUAAAAUAGACAUUGUUGUAAUAAAAUAAAAAAUAACCAAUAAAACUAAUUUCUU